AUGAACGGCGCCAUUAGAGCGCUCUAUAUUUACGACGAGCACAAUGUACCAAUUCUAGAACAUGUGUAUCGCUCUCGGCCGCCCUCCGCAUCCUCUCUCAUAUGGCACUUCCUGGCACACCCCGCACCACGUCCCUCGUUACUGUACCUCACAGAGACCUCACCUGCCGUGACUGUAUUUUCAAUAUCACAUUCAAAUCUACUAUUUCUUUCUCCGAGCGAUGUUGACACCGAACCCCUCCUUGUCCUCGAAUUCCUUCAUAGAGUCGUCGAUGUGCUUGAGGAGUUCGUGGGGGCUCCUCUGUUGUCGACCAAGCUACAAUCGAACUACGAUGUAGUCGCACAGCUACUAACGGAAAUGUGCGAUGCGGGCUUGGUUAGCAAUACUGAAAUCAAUGCCCUUCAAGAAAAUGUUGAGACUGCGGGUUGGAUGAACAAGUUCCUGGGAGGUGUCGGGUUACCACGCGCGGCAUCUCCGAGUACAGCCUCUGUCAACCCGCUCAAACCGCAAUUGCCUAAUUCUAGGGCUGCAUCGGCUUUGGGGCCAGCUAUACCGUGGCGGCGGCCUGGCGUGCGCCAUACAUCGAAUGAGAUAUACGUUGAUAUAAUUGAAAGCCUGUCCGUAACAAUAGCUCCAUCCGGACGAUUACUUUCUGCGUUGGCUUCCGGCACAAUAGCAUUCACAGCAAAAGUGUCUGGUGUCCCUGAUCUUCUACUAUCCCUCACAACGCCAGGGGGGCAACGAGCGAUAGAUCAGAAAAUGCGACUACCCGUGUUUCAUCCUUGUGUUCGUCUUGCGCGUUGGAGAGAGCGACCUGGGGAGCUGAGCUUUGUGCCUCCGGAUGGAAAGUUUAUACUCGCUGGAUAUGAAGCCGACCUCCUCCCAAUAGAUCCAAGCAUUGACGAGCCGCCGAGACAUAUGGAGAAGUUAUUUUUACCGGCAUUUGUUGCUGUAGAGAAAUCAUUAGGACCAAGCGGGAAAGAUUUUGAGGUUCGUUUGACUCUCAACACAAGCUUCCCGGGCGUCCGACAAGCCAAUACCGGACGUACUGGUUCUGGGAGCUCGACACCCUCCUUUUUAGGAGGCGGGAGCAACAGUGGUACCCCAUCACUUCCUGUCCUCGACGAAGUGAUUGUUCACGUGCCUAUUCCCCAGGCAGUCCGAAAUAUAACAGAUAUGCGCCCAAGUAGAGGUGAAGCAGAUUAUUCACCUGGUGACGACUAUCUCGAAUGGCGAAUAUACACCAAAGAUAGUGGAUCGGUAUCCGGCACGGCGACGUUACGUUGCACAGUCGUUGGCUAUCAUGAUGAUUUAGACGAGACCGAAGCAGAGAUUGCAGCUGGUCAAGAACUGUUACAAGGCUACUAUGAUGCCGAUUCAUAUCAACAAGACCCUACAACAUACACAUCCGAGUCAUACCCUACAGGGAAAUCUUCCAAACCGCGAAAACCGAAAUCCACGAAAAUGAAGAAAAAGAAACCGAAAUCAAAAAAGACUUCUGCAGCCAAUGCCGCCGUCGAGGGACAAUCGACUUUGACACCUGACAAACCGAAUUCAUCCCAGACUUCCACACCACCUCCUUCUACCACCGCACAUUCUACGAAUAACCCACCUUUCAAGGAAAGCGCCUCCCGUAAAGAACAGAUCCAUUCAGCUCUUAUGCCCAAAUCCGCCACUGUCUCUUUCUCAGUAAAAGGGUGGCUACCUUCGGGUAUCCGAGUGGACAGUAUAAAUAUUGAUCCACGGAAAAGCCGGGGUUUGGGUGAGGGUGUACGGCCUUAUAAAGGUGUGAAAUAUCUUUGUGUAAGUCGAAGGGGUAUUGAGAGUCGUUUCUAG